CGCCGAGCUGCGCCUCUGUGGAUGCAGGCGCAUACUGUACCACUUGUUUGCUGGCUGUACGUCGAUAAACGCUUUUCAGUGUGCUCGCUUUGGUAAAUAUCGCUCAUACUUUUGUCAUAUGAGAUCCAUGCCACAACUUUCCCCCCCACUUUAUGCAAUUCUUGGAGGAUCUUGGCGUAAAGAUGUUGGAGCCAGCCAGUUGAUGGUGUGUUUUAUUCCGACAUUCUAAUGCACUGCACCGGUGAACGUCUGAUACGCUACAGAUUUCGCCUGUACAUUUUCCAUGCGGACACUCUGUGUGGUAGUCUUCACUUGGUAAUUAUUGGAGCAGGAAGCGCUGCCGCAACACCACAUCCCCGUGAAAUCCCUGUGCCGAACUGCAUGCGAAAAUUAGAAAUAAUUGUGUCGUAGGCAUUACUGUUAAUUGCGCAUAAGGAGUCCCGUAUUGCGGUGGAUCAACGCGGGAUUACUACAAGUCACGGUUGGUGUGGGUACAUUAUUGCGUCGUUCUCACCCAUAUAUUGGCCUGCGACGGUUGGCAGCUGCGAAAAGGUGGGCGUUUAAAAGGUUUUAACUAAGGAAAUCACAUCGAUCACAAAGGUUGAGAGCAAUAUCGGCGUAAUUGGAAGGAAAUGGAGGAUCCGUUUACACAGAACCGGCUGACGGUUCACCGGCUGUCCACUGCCAGCCCGAGUGGCUCCAAUUCACCUCGAGAGCGGAAGAACAGUGCCACACCGAUACCAACCAACGAGGAUGUCAAUUUCUCGCCAGAAUUCGCUGUUAGCAGUCUGACCUAUCGCGAUUUCUUUCCGCGCAUGCUGGAGGAAGGCAGCUCGUUUAGUAGUCCGACGUAUGAGGAAUUCGGGAUACUGGUGGCACGCGCCAAUGAAUGGCUGUCGUCACAUAGGGAAUUCGAGAUUCUUAAUGUGGAAUGCGUUGAGAUUUUGGCGUUGCAUAAUACAAAAACCGUGGAUCCAAAUAAAGCUUCCUACUUUGAAACCAUGAAAGAUUGGACGGAAUUCGUGCGUGGCCUUAGAAUGUGGUUAAUACCGGCGCUGAGUCGUAAUCGUCAGACGAAACCCGGCUACCUGCGCUACUUUGAUGUGGUCCCGGAAUGCACUCAUGCCGGUAUUGUCAGUAUUGAAUACACCCGGCUGGGUGUACUGGUGGAGGCACUCAAUGAUAAACUCCGCAACAGUCCCAUCAAUGGCGAUGUCCUGGCUGUGCAAACACUCACACUAAGAUUCCAUUCAAAUGAAGCCGUCGAUUCCAACCGCACUUGCUUCUCCCUUCAUGGCCAAAAGCAGAAAAUUCGCCUGUAUUUUCUACGAGUGUUUUAUUUGGAUUUUGGAGAAGAGAUUCCCGGGAUGAAGGUGGAAUGUAUGGAGGAAGUUGGCAUUGCCGACUUUGUUCCACAAAUAAUGCGGCAGCAAGUAACAUCCCGGCAGCACAUUGAGCCGCUGUCAUCAGUUGUGACCCGAGCCGGUGAUUGGUUCAUAAGAUACCAAGAGGACGACCAUCCAGGCCUGCGUAUCGUGAACAUCCAGACAGUGGUCCUGCACGUUAAGGACAACAAAAACAUAGACACACAAACCACCUUCUACAUGUCAUCGGGCGAUGGGGAGCGUUUCCUGUAUGAACUGCGCUUCAUCCGUCUGAUCUACGCCCGCCAGACCCACCUAGUCCCCGCAGAGAUGCCGACCUUCCCGCGGGUGUUCCUCAAAAUGUUCGUCCCCACCCCCCAGGGCACCGGUGACACGACCCACCACGGGAAACGCCAGCCGAAAUUCAACAACCUCCAGGAUCUGGUCGGCAAAGUCCAGGAAUGGAUCUCCGCCGAUCACCCGCCCAUCAUCGGCAUCGAGACGCACGGCUACAGCUCGUACGUCGGCGACGAGAUCAUCAUCACCGCCGAGAGCCCGUAUCUGUACGAUCAGGGCCAUCAGGAUAAAUUCUGGAUCCAGUCGGUGCGGGUGUACUAUGAAGGAGACUAUGUGGAAUCGUCGCAGGAACUGCCGUCUCCGGGGCGGUUGCGCGAUCGCCGCGGAAGCUCCGUGCGUAAUAAGCAGCCGCUGGAGGCGCGCAGCUCCACCGGCGUCCCCAGUUGGCCACCCCUGGCAGCCACGAGCACCUCCCAGAUGCUCAAUCCCGAGGUGCGCACCAACGGCCGCAGCGCCUCGGCCGAUCCGUCACCGCGGUCGCCGCGCCGGCGCAGUAGUCAGAGUAAUCGCGCCGAGGAUGUCAAUCGCGACAGGGAUCCCAGUGAUAAUCUCCCCCGGGACAGCUUAGGCCGGGAAACGCCCAAGAGCGAUAAAGAUUGCAGUGUUAUGUAAUACUUAUGUGUGUCGUAUUCUGGCAGCUCCCUGCAUCCGUAUACAUGUCGGAUUUCCAUAAUUGUACAUUCACUGUACCUUCGGCUUUGUAGAUUCGUGGAUAAAUUUUCUUUUUGACACAUUUCAAUCCGUGCCUACCCCCUCGGUCUAUUCACCCGUUCUAUACUUAUU